AUGGACGGUCUUAGACGUGAAGGUGGUGUAGUUGGUCUUGGUGUAGGUAUGGGCAGUGGUGGUUAUGGCAUUGUUGCUGGUGGCACUGGUGGUGGCGGUCUUGGAGUUGGUGUUGGUGGUACUGAUGGAGGCGGUGGUGUGGUUGAAGGCGGUGUUGGUAGUGCGGAUGGAAGCGGUGACUGUGGCGUUGGUGAUGCUGAUGGUGAUAUUGGUGCUGGUGGAGAUGGCAUUCAAGAUAAUGUUAGUGGUGUUGACGGAGACAGUGGUGCUGGUGGAGGCCCUGCGUGGCCUGUGUGUUUGUUGAAUGUAAUGGAACAAGUAUGUCUUGGUACUUUUUGUUAA